CCCAUAUUUGGCAAUGUUCCCUCGGGCAGUCAGCUGGACACAACUUGCUGGUCGGACGGAUACCACCGUACUCUGAGUGCUCCUUGCACAACAGACCAAUUUGAAAGAAAAAAUAUUUCGAUUAUUUUGCACAUUCGGUAACCCACCGCCAUGUCCCAGGCCAAAAUACAAGCUAAACUCAACGAUGUAACAGGCGGCAAGUUUAAGAGGACAAUGUCCAUGGCAGACCGGGCGGGACAACUUUUGUCGAAUUUGGAUCAACUGGAGAUAAGGGUGGAGGCACUUCGCGAAACGGCCUCGGCCAUAGAACAGGAAAGGGAAUGCAUCCUGGAGAUGAUUCAAUCCUUACAGAACAGUCAAGAAAUGCAUAACAUCAGCGCCGGAGAGAAAGAAGAGUUGACUUUGACAGCAGAGCGACUAAUGGGCCGCACCUUGUCGGUGGAGAUCAACGUGGGCACCAUCAGGAACAGCCAGCAAGAGGAGGCCUUGCACAAGGCCACGUCCAUUAUUGACGAAAUUGUUCAGAAGCUGCUGGUCGACAUGACCGAAUCUAGGCAGCGACUCCUUGCCCUGCACUCGGCCUGCGUGACGGAGGCGCCGGAGGUGCCCAUUGACCAGAAGUUUCAAGCUAUUGUGAUCAGCUGCGCUCUGGAGGACCAGAAGAAAAUUAAGAGAAGGCUGGAGAUGCUGCUGAGGAACGUUGGAAAUGCUGAGAAGAAUAUAAAGAUCAUGGAUCAUCAGAAAUUAGAGGAGCCAAAAGCUAAUGGCAGUCAAUAAGGAAUUGUCACCAAAACCUAAAAUGUCCUUCACUGUCUUAACCAAACUCUGAUAAUGGAUACCUGCAUAUGUUGUGUACCCGCGGGCCAAAACCACCACCACACCAGCAUGAAAUGUUUGUUUUUCAAAUAAAUUUCAGAUCUCUAUUGAUGUUUGCAAAAAUAUACACAUUUAAAAAGGGGUCUGAAGAGUACAAAGGUGUGGGAAAAAGCCAUUGUACACUAGUAAAACGAGACUGAAUUUGUACAGUGGCGGGCCAUGCAUUUCAACCUUCGGCGUUCAGUGACGUCACAUACAUUAACACUAUAUAGGGUCGUCAGGCAGCACUUGAUUUCAGGAGCAUUUAAAACCAUCAAUUAUGCAUUCACAAUUAAGAGCAGGAAACUAAAUGUACAGAUAUUGUCAAAAAUAAAAAUAUUUUAAAAAUACUAAAUAAAAUGCCACCCAAAUUACGCUGUGUGAUCAUAAACAAGUCUGUACAAUAAAUUGUGCAAUGUCGUUUCAUAUAAGACACCAACCACACAAUAACAAAACAAAUUAUUCUUUGAAAACAAAAUUAACAGAUCAUUUGCAGUUUGAGAAUAGGCUAUACAACAGCAAAUAACUGAAAAUGUUGAGCAGCUGAGAUUGAAAUAAUUUUAGUGCACGAAGUCCACAAUGCGCCACUAUAAAUUGCAGGUGAGCUGAUUUAUUUGAUACAUUUUUGUAUCUUUGUCAUUUUAUUUCGUGACCAUUAAUACUAACGAAAUAAAAUAACAAGAAAGAAGUAAAAUAAAAUUCAUUUACUCACCAAUGUAGUGCCGGUUCACUGAGCUGAAGAUCUACGCGAGUGUCCCCAGACGUUUUUAAACGCACCAUAGCUUGUAAGUGCCUUGCCGUGGUCUGAUGUUUCCUUGCUGCCUUGGUAAAACAACUUAUAUUGGUAAAUCCAGUGGAAGGUCCGUCUUGAAAAUAGUUUGGAAAGUCGUCCUGCAACCAGAUCAGCGUCUUCUUCUUCGGCCAUUUUGGGUCCAAAUGCAGCAACAGCUCCCUCUAGCAGGCGCUAAUCCAAUCACCGAACGCGCACGUCCAGUGUCGACGUAAGCCCUUCUAGCUGGCCCUGGUACGCAGACUCGUGAUCUGAUUGGCUAUUGCAAGCUGACUGUGCAACGUUCAUUUACAGCGCACAGGGGCCUGCUGUUUAAUUUUAAAGCCCCGAGCAAGUUUGUUUAGUUUACCUAGCAACACAAGCUAUCUGAAAUAUGAUUGGUCAAAAACUCUACCAUAAUAAAUAAGUUAUUUAUCGAGUGGCUUUCAACAUUGAAAGCCACUCGACUAAGUGGAAAUCAUAUGACGUAAAGAAUACAGAGAAUAAUUUUGUUGACAUAUAUAUGAAAAUAAAAUCAAUUAAAUUUAUGUUAUUCUCAGAAGUAAAUUUAAUAAAUUUACUUUUCUGAGAAUAAAAAUAAAAUAAACAAUGUUUACCCCAGCAGAGAAGGCCUUGCUGGCCCUGACGAAACACCACUGAAUUUGUAACAUCAGGAUGAAGAGAUUCGUAUGAGACAUCAACAUUCGUAUGAGAGAUGACCUAUCAUGCAUAAUUACGUUUUGAUGACCGACAUUAAAACAAAAGCGAGCCUGUGAACAAAGUAAAGUUUCAUUUAUGUCACUUAACCCUACUACACCAUGAUAGCUGGAUCACAGCAAUCUGGCACAUUUCAGGUUACAUUUGUUCGAACAAAAAAUGCAACAAUGAUCAAUUUCUGUCAAAGAGAUAAACCAAACAUGUUUUUUUAUGUGAAAAUGUAAAAAAAAAAAAAAAAAGAAAGCAAACAGAAAUUCAUACAACACCUGAGUGACAGCACAUAAGUGAUUAAUUUUAAUUCCCGGUUCGUAGUUAGUCAAAUUUUGUCAUUUUCAUAAUAAAGUGCAUGACGUCCAUUCCAUUAAAAA